CACACUCCCCCCCUCCCUCCCUCUCUCAUUGCAAAUUCGAAAACCCUCCGCGAUCGGAAUCCAGUGGCCGUCGAAUCGGGACCGAAGAUGAGAGAAGAAGAGAUCGAGAAGCUGAGAGGCGUGGUGGGGGAUUGCGUGAGCAAGCAUCUCUACUCGUCGGCCAUCUUCUUCGCCGACAAGGUCGCCGCCAUUACAUCUGACCCCGCCGACAUAUACAUGCAGGCCCAAGCUCUCUUCCUCGGCCGCCACUACCGCCGCGCCUUCCACCUCCUCAACGCCUCCCACGUCGUUCUCCGCGACCUCCGUUUCCGAUACCUCGCAGCCAAGUGCCUGGAGGAAUUGAAGGAAUGGGAUCAAUGUCUAUUGAUGCUUGGUGAUGCUAAAGUGGAUGAGCAUGGGAAUGUUCACGAUACGAAAGACUCCAAUGUCGUGUACUUGGAUAAAGAUGGGGAAGAUCGCGAAAUCAAUAUUUCUUCAGCGAUAUGCUUUUUAAGAGGCAAGGCAUAUGAAGCAUUGGAGAAUCGUUCCCAAGCUAGACAAUGGUACAAAGCUGCCAUCAAAGCUGAUCCUUUAUGCUAUGAGGCAUUGGAACGUCUUAUCGAGAACCAUAUGCUUACAUGUGAAGAAGAGACAACUCUACUUUCAUCAUUGCAAUUUUCAGCUGAAGAUGGAUGGAUUUCGUCUUUCUAUUCUUGUUUAGUGAAGAAGUAUGAUAAGGAAAACGUUGUAGAAGCCAAAUUCAGUGAACUUGAGCAGGAGGGAUGUAAUGUUAAACCUUCAGAGAAGUCUCUGAUGCGUACUCUGAAAAACAACACUGAUCUUUUGGCCUGCAAAGCUGAAUACUACCAUCAAUGUGGUGAAUAUCAAAAAUGCUUUGAACUAACUUCCAUAUUGCUUGAAAAUGAUCCCUUCCAUCUGAAAUGUACCCUAGUACAUUUGGCAGCAGCAAUGGAGCUUGGACAUUCAAAUGAACUCUAUCUUAUGGCCUGCAACUUAGUAAAGGAUUAUCCUCAAAAGGCUUUGUCUUGGUUUGCUGUUGGUUGCUACUACUAUUGUAUCAAAAAGUAUGAUCAAUCACGCCGAUACUUCAGCAAGGCUUCAAAUCUAGAUGGAACAUUUCCACCAGCUUGGAUAGGUUUUGGGAAUGCUUAUGCAGCUCAAGAAGAGGGUGACCAAGCAAUGUCAGCUUAUCGCACUGCUGCUCGUCUGUUUCCUGGGUGUCAUUUACCAACUCUGUAUAUUGGGAUGGAGUACAUGCGAACCCACAGUUUCAAACUUGCUGAGCAGUUUCUUAUGCAGGCAAAGGCAAUAUGCUCUGCAGAUCCACUUGUAUAUAACGAGCUGGGAGUUGUUGCUUAUCACAUGAAGGAGUAUAAAAAGGCUGUGUGGUGGUUUGAGAAGACUUUAGCUCUUGUUCCUUCAUCUCUAAGUGAGAUGUGGGAAUCAACUGUGGUUAAUCUUGCCCAUGCACUGAGAAAGUUGAAGAGGUACAGAGAGGCAAUUACAUACUAUGAGAAAGCACUGGCAAUAUCAACUAGAAGUUUGAGUACUUAUGCUGGCCUUGCAUAUACUUAUCACUUGGAGGAUCAUUUUACUGCGGCAAUUACAUACUAUCACAAGGCUUUAUGGCUGAAACCAGAUGAUCAGUUCUGCACGGAAAUGUUGACUUUGGCCCUAGCAGAUGAAUGCCGCUUUGGUGUACGGACUGAAAUAGAUUCUCAUUCUUCUGAUGAGAUAUUUAUAUAGAGAGAAUGUCAUUUAGUCAAUUUGUAGAUUUUACAUGGUAUGCUAUGCAUAUCUAUUUAUUGUAUUAGAUAUAGUAGGCAUCCCUGUCAAAGGGGAAGACUCACCAAAGGCAUCUUACAGGCCUUUGAACUGUGUAUUUCCGCACCCAACUCCCACCGAAAUCCAACUCUAUUGCAGCCCUAAGUGGAAUGGGAGGGACUCAUUAAUAGGGUUGUCAGCCAUGGUCCCCGGGGCUCUCUCUCUCUCUCUCUCUGUGCAUGUGUGUAUCCAUAUGCAGCAUAUACAACCAUGGUCCGAAGAUCAAGUUUUGGACAGCUGCAUAUUGGCUUAAUUUUGGUAAGGUGCGUUAAAUAUGGCUUGUUGGAUUACAUGUUUAUGGUAUGAGUUGUGUGAAUCGUGUGGCAGUUUUGUGGACAUACAUUAUCUCUGAUUGGUUGUAAAUCUUGAAACAUUGCUCAUUUUGUUCUUCUCUCCAGACCAUUGCCUA